UCUCCAUUCCCCUCUCUCUUUCUUUCUCUCUUUCUCUCUCUGUCUCUAUUUCUCUCUCAAUUUCCUCACGACAUGGGCUCUUGCUAAUUCCUAGCUCUGAGCUUCACCUUCUCCCUCUGAUCUCUCCAAGCUCCAACGUUGUUGCAUUUUCAGUUCACAUCAAUUCGUUUCCCUUGUUUCCACUAUUUUCAAUUUCCUUAAAAAGGAAAAAAAAAACGUCGAUCUUUUUCACAGACAACGAACGAUAUGUCCUCAACAAUUGCGUGUCAGGGCCUUCAAAUCUCCUGUGUGGAGCCUCCUCUCGUUCUCAGGACCAAAUUCGCCUCGCCAAAAUCCAACCUUUCCCAAUCCUUCCCAUGGCCUCAAAAGCCCCACAAUUCUCCGUCAAGGCAACAGGACGAAGCCCAAGAAAACCCUCGCAAUAACGAAGAAGAAAUCGCCAAAAACAGCAAUGGCGAUCUGGGCGGCUGGAGCUUCUUUCAAGCCCUCUCCAAAACGCCCCAGAUUUCCAGAGAAUUGCCCGAAAACAACGAUAAAAUCUACGUCCACCCUCUCGUUAAGCGAUCCUCUUCCACUCUGAGCAAGAAGAGCUUAGAGAUGUGCACCGAGAGCUUGGGGAGCGAGACCGGGAGCCACAUUAGCCAAAGCUCCGACGACUUCUCUAUCGAUUCCCAUUCCCACAUCGUUCGCUCGAAAUCGAGGGAAUUCGGGGCGAAGCAGGGCCUGAGCCCGAGCCGGAGCUUCCCCCCGCCGCUGACCUCCAUCAGCGGCUUCGACAGCGUGAAGGUGAGGCCAAUUCGGGAAGGAGGCCGGCUUGUGAUGAAGGCCGUCACGGUUUCCUCAGGCAACUCACUCUUCCAGGCCGAGAGAGCCGACGGCCGUCUCCGGCUCAGCUUGCUCACGCAGAAGCAGAGUCGCAUGAGCUGGAACGACCAGGAAGUUGUUGAAGAACAUGCAAAGGAAUAUAAUGACGAGGAUUACGAUCAAGAGGCUAAUGAUGAUGCCACUGAUGACGACGAAGUUGAGGAGAGCGGAAUCGGGGUCGGAGAGGUUGCGAGGCCGAGCAGGUGCAAGGAAGGUGGAGGAAGGAACAAGGAGAUGUCACCUUGGGGGCCAGUCUGGGUCGCCACUUCUUAGGAUAUAUAUAAUAUAUAUAUAUACUCUCUCUCUCUCUCUCUCUAUAUAUAUAUAUAUAUAGAUAGAUAGAUAGAUAGAUAGCAUUGGGUGCCAUAUUAUUAUUAUUAUAAUGAUUACUGUUUGAUGUUGUCACUUUCAUUGCCAAUGGGAGGGUUUGGAAGAUGGUAGUUAUUAUGGUUAUAUGUUGGGCAUCUCUCUCCCUUAUCUGUUUCUCUCUGUACUGUAUUCGGACUCCACUCAAUGAUUUUUCUUAAUGGAUUAUCGUACUGUA